AAUACUUACUCACAAAGAGCGCUGUUUGGAAAUGUAAAAAUGAUCUGCUGUAAAACCCUUCCUUUCUUGUCGGAAUCGAUCAUCCUCCGACGGCAAGGAGGUUGAGUUCACCGUGACGAUCUUCUACAUCGGAAUUACGGUUCUCAGAUGGCCAGCCGGUCGACUCGAUCAAGGAGACCACCACCUGCAGGGCAGCCAGAACCACAGUCAAGGGCUAAAUGGACAUCAUCUCUUACCAAGAUACUUGCAGAAUUGAUGGUUGACCAGGUUCAUAAGAAGAAUAAACAAAACCAUUCCUUCAGCAAAAAAGCAUGGAAAUAUAUAUGUGAUGACUUUUAUAUGAAAACGGGUCUUAAAUGGGACAAGGAGCAAUUGAAGAACCGUUAUGCUGUCUUAAGGAAGCAAUAUCUUAUCGUUAAAUCACUUCUUGAUCAAAGUGAUUUCAAAUGGGAUGAGCCCACAGGUGUUAUCAUCGCUAACGAUGAAGCAUGGGACAAUUACAUUAAGGAACAUCCUGAUGCUGAGUCUGUAAGAAGCACGGGGUGCCCAAUUUACAAACAGCUUUGCACAAUAUUUUCAGAACCAGGCGUAAACGGGGUGUAUAAUGGGCUGGCUGAACAAGACGAGGGGACUCCCAAUAAUCCUUGGUCAGAACAUUUUACCACGUUCAAGGAGUCUUCUUCGGAUUCAGAGGAAGACUUCAGUAUGGCAGUUGAGCCAGACAAAUUGCAAUCGACUACCUCUUCAAGAGAUGGUUGUCGAAAGAGGGGUCGCAAAGGGAUUGAUGAUAAUAUUGCAAAUGCUAUAUUGGAAAUGGCAGCUGCAUCAAAGCUAAGGGCAGCUGCUAUACAGAAAUGCAAUGAAAGGUUCUCUAUAUCUGACUGUGUUAAAGCAUUGGAUGCCAUGCAAAGCGUUGAUCCGCAAGUUUAUUUUACUGCGUUGGAUCUCUUCAACAACCGAAAUGCUAGGGAGACAUUCUUAUCGCUACGGGUUGAGAAGCGAUUGACUUGGUUGCAUAGCAAGCUUUCUGUCCUCUCUAGUUCAUAAGCUGAGAAGGAUCAAUUCGUACAUGGCUAGUCACUAGAUCUGCUACAUUGAAUCCACAGGAAGUAACUUGUACAUGCAGUAGCUUAGUUUAUGGUGAUGUAUUUUCUUGUGAUCAGCUUCAAGUAAAGUCAGGUUCCAUAUUUUGGUUUCAUGGAACAAUAUGGAUUUUGGCUGGACCAUUAAGUUUGGUGCCACUGUGAAGUGACAGCAUAUAGCCCUUGAAUAUUGACUUUAAUGGAACUAAGUUUGUCGAGCCUGAAUAUGUUUAAACGCAGCCAAAGCCGAC